AUGUGCCUUCGUAAAAAGGAACCAAGACUACGUGUCACUGCGAUCUUUCAACUGAAUAAGGGCCCUUUGGGUUGGCGGAAUAUCAAAACAGUUGGUGGAUUGGCCUUACUUGGUUUACGAAAACAAAUGAUGACAUUGGAACCCAUCUAUGAUACGAGCCGUGAACCCGCAUACAAAUAUAAGACACUUGAACUCAUCCUCUGUCAUGCUUCGCAGGUUGAAACGUUCACACUACUUGUUGACUUUGUACGCGCUUUGGUGUGGCAUGCUGCACGCUUGCGUCAUCCACUGGAACAACAGGCUGCAAUUUUAUCUCCGUCUGAGUACCGUGCACGUCUGUCACUGUUCCUGACUGCAUUUCAACGUCGUACCUGGAAGGAGCCAGAGAGGCUUGUGCGCAAAAGUCGUCUGUCUGUAUCACCUCACGUACUUGCUGAAUUGGAGCCACAACAUCCACAUGGAGCUGCGGUUCUGUUUCAAGGAGUCUGUCGUACCCUACAGCUGCCCCCAAAUCCGGAUCGGAAAUCCACAAACAGACCGAGGGAACUUCAACAAUCCCACUACUCGUCUGCACCUUCCAGAAAUGUGGAUCAUCUGUGUUGCUCACGAUUCGAACUUCUUCACCCUCGGCCAAUUCGUAGUUCGGACCGGCCAACGACAGGAGCGCUCGAGCCAUCACAACACUGGGAACCUCUGUGUUCGUGCUCAGACCGUUGUUCACUCCACCCAACCGUAGGUGCACCGGAACCACCCGUCGGCUCUCUUCCAACAGUUGCCCAGUUCGAUUCCACAAAUUUCACAGCUGAACGACCAACUAAAGACGGAAAGCUGAAAGAUGAGAGUACGAAAAAACAGUAUUCACAGAAUCCCCAAAUGAUUGCCAGACAACCUCCCCGAGUUCUGAUGGAUCGAUAA